AUGCUUUCAACGUCACCCCAUCCUCGAACGGCACGCGGCCUCCGCCUCUCGUACCUGCGCCACUUUAUCAACAGCCACGGCGGCGAGUCACGCUUUGCUGGCAAGACGACAGCUCAAGUCUGCUUUGAGUUUGUCGUGCCAUUGACCGAACCAUCCGAGCUCUCGCUCGUCGACCACAUCGCCAACGACCCGUCGACCGCUUCGUUCGUCGCGCCGGCCAACUGGUAUGUUUCGCACGCCUGGCAGUACCUCUUCUUGGAGACCGUCGACAGCCUCGAGCGCUUCUUCUCCGACCGCGGUCUCGCCGACGACGCUGUCAUUUGGUUUUGCGUCUUCAACAACAACCAGCACCUUGCGAGCUCGUACCCGUUCGAGUACUGGUCUUCUACCUUCAAGAAUGGUUUUGCGGCCAUCGGCAACGUGGUCAUGAUCAUGCACCCGUGGAACGACCCGAUCGUCUUGCGUCGGAGCUGGUGCGUCUUUGAGGUCUACGUGGCUGUGACAUUGGGCGCGCGCUUUGAGAUUGCACUGGCGCAGGAUCAAGAAGCCACGUUUCUCAACGACAUUGCUGAGGAAGGGGCAAUGGAAGGCAUGCUGGCGACGAUCAAGAGCGAGGACUCGGAGACAACGGUGCCCAGUGACCGCGACGGUAUUUUCGCAUUGAUUCGCGCCGAGACGUCGUUUACUGCGGUCGACCGACUCAUUUUUUCGACCUUGUCCAAUUGGAUCAAGGCAGCGCUUGAGGCAUCGAUCGCAUCGGCGCCAACGCUCGCCGAGAAGGCAGCGCGGUGGCGCCAUCUCGGGUUCAUCUACGAUCGCAGCAACCACGACAUCGAGACCGAGCGCUGCUUCCGACACGCUGUCGCCUUGUUUACGCAAGCCAACGGGCCAAACGAUCUCGAGACGUUCAAGACGCAGUCAGCGCUUGCAAUCUGCAUCGCGUUUCAACGCAAACCGAAAACCGAGUGGGAACCGCUCUUCCUCUCAACGCUGUCUGCGCUUGCGGAUCUGCUCGGCGCGGCACACGAGACGACGCUCGUCGCUCGUUUGCGCCUUACGGUCGCACUUUCCUGGAACGGCGAUCACCACGGCGCGCUUACUGUGGGUCUUGGGACGCUGGACCUCCAGCGCGCCACGUUUGGCCUCCGUCAUUGGCGGACGGCCGGCACGUUGAGUGCGAUCGGCGGUGCGUACAACCAGCUCUACAUGUACCGUGUCGGCACCCGCUACCUUCGACGCGCCCUGCUCGUGCAAGAAGAAACCUUGGGUCCGGACCAUACGUCGACCCGAUCAACGGUGUCACGGCUCACGAAUGCCCUUUUGAACACGGGUGACGUGGUGCGGGCGCUGCCCAUGGCAGAGCGCCUCGUUGCGAGCAGCGAGCGCAUUCUCGGCCCGCUCCACGACACUGCAAUUUUUGACAAGAUCACGCUCGGAGCUGCGCUUCUCAUGGCGGGAAAGAGCAAGGAAGCACAGACACUAUUGACGACUCUGGAUGCAAUCCUCGAAGGCCGUCCCGAGCUGACCGCACGCCGGCCCACGGUGCGCGGGCAGAUCGCGAUUGCAUUUUGGUCCCAGGGCCAGUACGAAGAGGCCACCAACUACUUUGUCCGAGCACUGGACCUAUCGCACCAUAGAAAGGAAACGGUGUGGCUCUUCCUUCUGAUGGCGUCGACGAUUGCAUCCCAAGCCGUUCCCCUCGCGCGCGCACGACAUUAUGUCGAGUCGGCCACCGAUCCGACGCCCGAGACGUGGCCAGCGAGCUGUCUCGUGUGCGGCAAUGUGAUUGUCGGCUGUGUCGUCAUGUGCAAGGGAUGCCCCGGCGGCAUCUCUAAAUUUUGCACCAGCUGCCUCGCGCGCAAGGUCGCCCGGCUGCAACAGCUCUGCAAGCACGACCCGUCGACGACAACGUACACGACGACGCCGCCCCCGCGCCGAUUCUUCUUGGAAAAAGACCUCCUCGAAGCCUCGUACGACCGCGUCGAGAUGCUGUGGGUCGACUACGCCAGCUACUGCACGAUGCACAACGUUCCGUUGCACGAGCGCCUACGACGGACCUCGGUGCCCGUUUUGAACCGCAGUGACGUCGCGGCCACUCGUGUUGGGCGAGGAGCCGGAGAAGCCGACGAAGAGCAGGCUGCUCGGGCUCGUGUACGAACCGCCAUGGCUGGUUCGACUCCACAAGGUUACCAAGCCGUUGACCCUGACGACGCCCGCCGACGUCGUGCCCCGCCAAGGACUCGCUUGCAGCUACCGACCCGCCACCUGGGCUUCGAUGAAGACUUCUAUGAGGCGCCUGCUGUCGUAGCCGCCGCAGCCGAGCUCCGGCUACCCGACGCCAUCUUACCAAAGUACGCCGACUUCGUCUACCAAGUGAUGCUCCGCGCGGUCAAGUUCCGCGCACAUUUGCACUGGCUCGACAGGGCCGACCAAGCGUGCCUCUUCUGCCCCGCGCACGAGACGUACCGCCACUUCCUCGUAGACUGCGACUUCAUCAAGGACGUGUGGAGCACGCUUCACGCCGUCACGGUCCCUUUGGGCGUGACCUUGCCGACUACGCUCUCCGGCUACCUCUACUCGACGCCCAAGACGGCGUCCAACAUGCACCAAGCCGCGUUCCGCUACCUCUGGCCCGUGCUCCGCGCCUGCGUCUGGUUCAACGUCUGGCGAGUCCGGAACGAUCGCGUCUUUCGCGCUGACCUCCCGCUGCCAAGUCCAUGGACGAUUGCCGUCAAAGCGGCACGCGUCGCUCAACUGCACGUGCACCACAGCCAGGCUUGCCGACUAUCAAAUGUUGUUGAGCGCGGCUCGGCCAAAAGCUCGCACAUGCUGCGCACGGAUUGGCUGGUCUGCAUUGUCCCUGCGAUGUGA